AUGUCGGGUGCCGGACGGAAGAGCGCGUACCGCAAGGGCGUGACUUCGCGCGUGCUGUAUGGAGACCCGGAGCCCAAGGAGAACGAGCUCAUCGUGCGCGUCACGGCGCUGCGUGGCAGCAACCUGUUCGAGGUGGUUGACGCGGAAGGCGCCAAGUCCGUGACCAUGCUGCCGACCAAAUUCCGCAAGCUUAUUUGGGUCAAGAGAGGCGACUUUUUGAUCGUUGGAGAAGGCGAUGGCGGUGAGGCUACGACGGCCAAGGGCAAGAAGGGCGCUGUGACGUCCAUUGUCGAGCACAUUCUGUACAAGGAUCAAAUCAAGAAUCUCAAGCGCAAAGACCUUUGGCCUGCGGCGUUUGACGAUUCCUCUGCGAGUACGGCUUGGACUCAAGGUGAUGUCGAUGAAGACGACGAGAAGAACGAUGACGAAGAUGCCGAGGAAGAAGAUGCGGCUACAGCUUCGUCCUCGAAAGGAUUGACGAUGGUGGCAGACAGGUUUGCCCAGAUGAAAGUGAACCGGAAUCGCCGCAAGGGUCACUUCGACGACGACGAAGAGGAGGAGGACAGCGAUGACGAGUAA